AAUGGACGAUCUCGCUCUUCAUUUGAGGUCCCACAUAGCAACCAAAAAUAAUUGCUCUCUUACGACCAAACAACCCUAACGAGAACAGUCUGGGGAUUCGUAACGCAUAGGUUUACAGUUACGACCUUGAGUAACGGUCUCGUGAGGCAUCCCUAAUGGUAGACAGCGGAUUAACGUUACAAGAAUUGUUCCUGUGUCUUCGUCGUUGUUAUUGUCAUCUUGGACACCCAUACGCACACAUACACUGGCUGAUGGAGCCGUUUUAAAGGCAUAUCCCACCUACUACUACUACUACUGCGAUCGCCGGUAACUAAUCUCGCCUACAAGGCGAGCACGAGUUAUCCCUGGUUCGACUAUGGACUUGAAUGAUAGUUGUCUAUCCAUUGUCACCGCUGACCCUGAGCAGCUGAUAAGAGAACAACUCCUGAGAUGACCGAGACAGAGAGUGGAAGCUUACCAGUUGUUGGGAACCUCUUGGGCGGCACAAGCCUCAUCAGCAACAACACCAUCGCCAAGAUCAUCACGACUUUGGCGACUCUUCUGAACAUCGAAGAUGCCUCAGAAUGGACCCGGGAAGGCAGCGAAAUCUUCUCUCGACUGAUCACCGUCGGCGUUGAGCCCUUAUCGCAAGACAUCACGUCCAACUGGCUGAGCCUUCUGUUCAGCACGGGCUGGUGGAGCGUCGGCAUCUUCAGCGUACCUGUCCUGGUGACCGGCAUCAUCUGGUACUUCAUCCUGACGUGGUUUCUCAAGAAAAACGUCAUGGGAUUUCUCCUUGGCAGAUCGCUCAGCUCGCCUUCCAUAGCACUAAAGAAAGAAGAAGAGGGAAACCAGGCUCAUCUGGCUCGCCUUACCAGGAGCGUCUCAGACGCCAUCGAUCAUCCGAGGUAAUCGAACGCUGAUCUGCGACGAAUCAAGAGACAAAUGAAACCCACCCUGGGACCUUUCCCCCACCCCCGUCCCCUUCGCUGGCGCCGUUAGUUUGUUUGCGCCGUAGGUUCGGUUGUUAGAAGGCAUUCAUUUGUUACUAUGUUGUUAUUAAAGUAUUUGAUAAUU